ACCUUACUGAUGACGUGGUUCGGUCGCUUGACCACCAAAGCAGCAGGAUGGCCGACCAGAGUAGGCAAACAAAACUCGCUGCUGCUAAGAAAAAGCUGAAGGAGUUUCAACAGAAGAGCUCUCCUUCUUCUGUGGGAGGAGAAAGGGGAGGAGGAGGAAGUGGAACAGGAUCCAAGAAGAAGCGUAAGGUGAAGGAACUGAACCAACUUGAUGCAGACAGAGAUUCCCCAGACAAUUUUGACAGUUUUCUAAAAGCUCUCAGUCAAAGCAAUGGAGUAGUCGUCCCACCUAAUGGCAACUGUCAGACCUUUGCUGACAUGGAGGCCAUGGGGUCCCCUGUUCCUCAGCUGCCGGAGGAGCCUCACAGCAAGUCCGGCAGAGACUCCCCUAUGUCUAACUCUGCUAGUGCUAACGCUGCUACUAACUCUGAGUUUGUCGGUCACAACACUGAGUUGCAGGAUUUCCCAGAUACCAACGGUGACCGUAGUUUAAAGGAGGAAACUAGACCAUUGUCUUCCACAGAGAGCCUGCGGCAACUUUCGCAACAACUAAAUGGUCUGGUCUCUGAGUCGACAUCUGCUCCAUAUGUGAAUGGGGAAGCUGCACCUUCUGGAGAACUGGAGAGUCGGAACCAGGAGCUGGCAGCCGCCCUGGAAUCUAGCAAGCUAACAAACUCUCAGCUCAAUACCAAGCUAGACCAGCUGGCACAUCAAACUCAGGAGCUCACAGAUCAGCUGCAGAAGGAGCGAAAGGAAUUUGAACAGAAACAUUCAAAGGAGCACGGAGCAAUGCGGGAGCAGUUACAGGUUCAUAUCCAAACCAUUGGAAUUCUGGUAUCAGAAAAAUCUGAGCUACAAACAGCACUACAGUACACACAACAGGCUGCACGACAAAAAACAGCUGAAGCAGAGGACCUCAAUAACCGUCUGCAGACAACGAAGCAUAGAGUUUCAGAGCUGGAGCGAACUCUCUCUACUGUCUCCACACAGCAGAAGCAGUUUGAGAGGCAAAACAAAGAGCUUGAAAAAGAAAGAGACAACUUAAGGCUAGAGGUGCUGAGACUCAAUAAUUUAAGUGAGGAGUCAAAGCAGCAGAGUUCAGAGCUGUCUGAACAGCUGAGACAGAUUACACAAAAUAAUGCUGCAAUGAGGCUGGAGGUAGACGAUCUUCACAAGAGGCUGGAGAUGGCGGACCUCAUGCUACAACAGUACUCCAGUCAGUCAGAUUCCCCCGGUUUCAACCAAAAAAUCGAGAUGCUACUGGAAGAAAAGCAGCAGCUGGAGUCACGUAAUCACCAGCUUCUGGAGUCUAUAGCCCAGCUCAAGACGGAGCGAGAUCAUUAUGUGGAACGAAUCCAGGAGGAGGGCCACGUGUGGAAGGACAAAACCGAACAGCUGCUCGCACAAGUUUCUUUGGUAGCAGAGGAGAGAGACAGAAACAUCAACCGAGUCCAAGAGCUGGAGGCCAGCAUUGUAGAGCUGAAAAAUGCUGCGGCAUUAUUGUCUGCGGAGAAGGCAGCCCAGGAAAAUGCUGAGCCUCAACCUUCAGGACCAUCAGAGGCAGAGGUGGCUCUGCAGGAGGCCCUCAGUAGUUUACAACAGGAAAAAGAUGCCAUUACUGCUCAAUACCAGGCUCAGGUGUGCAUUCAGUUGUUUUAUUUCUACAUGUGGAUGGACAAAUAACAGCAUGUCACGUAUCACGUGGAGGAGGAGACACGCCUGGGAGAGUUGGAGCGGGAGGUGGAGAGCCAGUCUCAAGAGGAAGGGGACCGCAGACGCAUGUUGGAGGACGUUCAGUCAGACAAGGCCACAAUUAGCCGAGCUCUUACCCAGAACCGCACGCUGAAAGACCAGCUGGCCGAGCUACAAAAUGGCUUUGUCAAACUGACUAAUGAGAAUAUGGAGCUGACCACUGCAAUCCAGUCAGAGCAACAUGUGAAAAAGGAGUUGGCACGCAGGAUGGGGGAAUUACAAGAGGAACUGCACAACGUCAAGGAGCAGCUGGAGCUAAAAUGUCAGGAGACUCGGGGCGUUCUAGAGCAGAGAGACCAGGUGGUGGCCCAUCUGCAGCAGUACUGUGCUGCCUACCAGGUUCUGGCUGCAGACAGGGAACAGCUCCACCAACAGUUUCUGCAGCAGACCCAGCUCAUGGACCGACUGCAGCAUGAUGAAAGUCACGGCCGUGCACAGCUGGAUGUCAGCCAGAAUCAGCUCCAACAAGCAGAGGAGCAUUUGGAGCAGUUGGUCAGAGACAACGAGCAGCUGAAGGCUGAGCUAAAAGAGCUGCUCAACAGUUCAGCUCUCGUGGCGACGUCCAGAGACGAGGGAGAUGGAGUGGAAAGCCAAUCAGCGGCCAAGAGUCCUACGAAGUCUUCUAUUGUUAUCCCAGAAGACUUUGAGAGCCAGAAAGAGAUGGAGGAUUUUAUCCACGGGGCUUUGGCUCAGGUGGAAGCAGAGAGGGACGAAGCCAGAAGGCAGCUGGAGGAGGAGCACAGGCUCCACAUGGCAGCUCGGCAACAGGUGGCCAUGGCCCUUAGACUGGAGCAGCAACACCACAACUACACACCUGUUCACGAAGAUGGCCAUGAGCAUGAUGAUUGUCAUGAACAACACAGUCACACUGAGCACAGUCACGAGCAUUCAGCAGAAGGAGUCCCAGUUGAAGUUCAUCAGGCGCUGAAAGCCGCCAUGGAGAAGCUCCAGCAGCGCUUCACCUCCCUCAUGCGGGAGAAAGCCGACCUGAAGGAGCGGGUGGAGGAACUGGAGCACCGCUGCAUCCAGCUGAGUGGAGAGACUGACACUAUAGGGGAGUACAUCGCCCUGUACCAAAGUCAGCGGGCCAUAAUGAAGCAGAAGCACCAGGAGAAAGAGCAGUAUAUCAACAUGCUGGCCCAGGACAAAGAGGAGAUGAAGGCCAAACUGGCAGAGCUGCAGGAUCUUGUCCUGAGGCUUGUGGCCGAGAGGAACGACUGGUACAAUCGUUACACUGGAGCCGCAGCCGGCUUGGGAACAGCAAACCCCGACCUGCUUCCUGUUGGGGAGGAGCACUCUCACUUACAGCAGCAGGCACAUAAGCAUGAUGGAGAAGAAGCCAUGGAGGUCAGCCCACUCUCUGAGGCCUCCCCACUACAAGGUCUAGAAGCUGCCUCAUCCCAAACAUUACUAUCUAGUUCUGUUCAGACUAAGUCCAAACCUCUGGUGCCCAGAGAGGACGGCACCGCCCAGCAAAUCAUGCAGCUUCUCCAGGAGAUCCAGAACCCCCAGGGAGCUCCACGGUCACCGCCAUUCCUGGGUGAAAAUCCCUGCAUCCCUUUCUUUUAUCGGCCUGACAAACAGGAUGAAGUAAAGAUCCUGGUGGUGUGAGGCCAGAGUGUGACUGAGGUUCUGUGGUUGAAUGAUUUGUAGCUUGAUGAAGAUAUUUACACAUCUCAAGACGUUUGACACUUUAACAACCGUCUCACCCAAUUACACUGAAAUGGCCCCUGUUUGUUCCCCCUUGUUUUGCUUUGUCUUUUCUUUUUCUUUUUUUUUUUCUUUUUUUUUUUUUUUACAGAUGGGAGAUGAUUAGUAUUCCCAAACAAAACUUGCUUAAUCUCCUUUUGUCACUUAUCUCAUACAUGUGCAAUAUUGGGGCCGUAUAUUCUUCCCCUUUGCUGGUACAGCACUCAAAGAGCUGCUAAAAUUGAGCUGUUCUUGUGCUAAAAUCAGUUUCAAUUCACUGUACUCAUGCCAAAAGCAUCAGAUUUGAAUGUGAUAAACCCAAGUAUUUAAAUGUAGGUGAUAUCCGAGGAGAUGGGUGCAGAGAGCAGACAUCAGGCUGGUUGGACUAACAUUAAAUGCAGAGAACUGUAGGACAAAGUUAAGUCAGCAGGUGCACUUUGUGAAGUCACCUGGUUGCUAAGUUACACUAUCAAAUCCAGGAAGUUAAAGAGGGUGUUGCUGAUUGGUACCGUUUCUAGAACUACGUUCGUCUCCUUUGUUUCCUACUUCAAACACUGAAAAUAACUUAUGUUUGUACAUUACAUAAUGUUAAUACUUGUGAAAUUUAUUUUGUCGACGUGUUUUAAACGUGCUUAGACUGAGACGUCAACACCGUUACAAACUGGUGGUUGACCAGAUGAAAUAUGGGCAUGAAUGCAAUUUAAAAGACCCCUUGAAGUUUAACAGUGAUUCAGUAUGUUGAAGGCACAACACACCUCUGUUCUUAAAGCUUGAGUCGCUGUGCUAAAGGUUUCUUCCCUACUUAUUUCUUUAAAUUUAUCUUUACUAUGGUAGAUAUUGUAUUACAUGUGUUAUGAGGGAUUUUGCUGGUUUCACCACAGACAUAUUUCACAUUCCAGCCACUUUCUUCUCUUCCUCAACAGAGCGUCUCAGCUUAAAAAAUUAUUUUCAUCAGGCAUUACGUUUGGGACACUAUUCUUCAGACCUUGUUGUGUUCUGUUACGCUCAUGUGUAGUUUUACAUAUCAAAGGAUUCAAUACACAUCUUUGACAAACGGAAUGAGUGAGACUGUAUGUGAAUUUUUUGCUUGGAAUCCAGAUUUCCUCUUAGCCAAAAGUGCAUCUCUUCUACUUUGCUUUUGUAAAAUUUUGUUAGAUUAUACAAAUAUGAUUGCACUAAAUCUGUACAAAGCUUUCUCACACAGCUCACCCUGUGCUGUCUGACCGUUUGGAAGUGCAUGGGUUUCAGUGAAAGUGGACGGGGUGUCCUAUGAAGCUUCAUGCUGAGGAUUCCCCUGAAUUUAAUUGCUGGUGUGCGCUUUGUCGCACUCAGAAUAUGGCCAUGGGAUUUAAAUAGGACAACUUAAAAUUUAAAAAGUCUUUUCAAUAGUUGAGGGACCAAUUGGGUAAAGAAAAAGUAUUAAACUCAUAAAAUAAAUGUUACAUUUGUCAUCAAAAUUCAGCAAUAGGUCUUUGGUAAUAACACUUGUGAAUAUAUCUCUUUUGGGCAUUAAAAGCAAGGAAUUAGAGAGAAUCCCAACAUUAUAAUACAACUCUGGCUUGUGUUUAGAGGCUAGCAAUAGAUUUUUUUUUUCUUCUUCAAAGCAGAUUGCCUUCCUAUAACUUUGACUAAAUAAAAUUGGAAAAUUUCUAAUUUGAGACCCAUUUAUAUUGGCUCUCAUUUACUAAGCUUUGAAAUUGCACACGAAAUGUUUAUUCCCAGAAGGCGAAGUAGUUGUGCAUAAUGUGAUAGUCUGUACACACUUCUCAAAGCAAACCAGUAAAUUCAACAACAACAAAAAAAAAAUAUAUAUAUAUAUAUAUAUAUAUAUGGGUACAGUUACAGGAAUUGCAAAAAGCACCAAUAGUAAAACACAACAUUACUGUUUAAAGAACCUCUACAUUUUCUAUCUUCAGAUUUAGUUUUAAUGUAUAUAUAUUUUUAUUUGAACGCUUUUUUUCAGACAAAUGCACAAUACAAUCUGCAUCCUCCCCCACCCCCCAAGUUGUGUGAAAUCAACAAGGUGGAUGAAAUGAUUUCCCUAAUUCACCACUUAAAGAUGUCACAUGUGAUGGACACCAAGAAAAACAUUAACUGUCUCUAUUGUAAAAGAGGUGUUGUAUAUACUGUAACUGUAUAAUAUAUUGUAUAUUCAUAAUGCCUGAUGUGUGGAGGGGGAUUCUGGGAGAAGCUGCUUUGCCACAUUAACUGGCUGUAUGGGUUGUGUGUAUGUCUGUUAGUGCAGAGUUGGGAUGUUGGCCGUUACUGACUGGCUGUGGUUUAUUACAAACAUCAACAAAAUGGAAAAAAAAAAAAUAUUUAUUUGGAGUAAGUUAGUAUCUCAGCUAAUCAGUUUUAAUAUAAACUUGAAGUGAGUUUAGGAUGAAGGAUCACAAAGCAACCUGAUUUUUGAGUGCUGCUUCAACCCAAGCUAUUUUCUUUCUCCUUCUCUCUUGGGUAAUACUUUCCUCCUGAAUAAAACUAAUUGAGCAACUCGA